UUUCGCCAAGACGAAAAGAAAGUCGUUAUAUCCAGAAACCCCAAAAAAAUAUCAGAGCAACAAGUACUUCGAUUUGAGGCGGUUACCGCGGGACUCGGCACAUCAGCCGUCCGAUCAUCACAUCGUUCCCGUCGACUCUCUCUCUCCCUUCAAGUUUCAGUGGCCGCUUUUCAGAUAUUUUCAGCUCGAAUUUGUUUUCCAGAAGAAGAAGAAGAAGAAGAAGAAGAAGAAUCAGAAGCAGAAGAAGAUUUCGGAGAGACUUCCCGGACAUGCUCCGUGCAGUGACUCGCUCGCCGCCGUAGAAUCGAGGAUUUUCGCAGCGAAUCGGAAGGAGCAGUAUGGGUGAAGUAGUAGUGUUGAGCGGCGAAUGUGAAGAUGCGAUGGAAUUGGAGGAGAAGCAGAGGAGUGAGGCAGCGCCGGAGACGGAGAAGAAUGAGGAAGAGGAAGAAGAAAGGCCGGCUUCCGUGGUGCGCUGGGAGAAGUUCUUGCCGCGGAUGGUUCUCAGAGUGUUGCUGGUCGAAUCCGAUUACGCAACUCGGCAGAUUAUCGCCUUGCUUCUCAGGAAAUGCAACUACAGAGUUGCUGCUGUUUCUGAUGGUUUAAAGGCAUGGGAGAUACUGAAGGAAAAACCUCGUAACAUAGAUCUCAUACUGGCAGAAGUUGACUUGCCAUCAAUCUCUGGAUUUGCUCUUCUUACCUUGACUAUGGAGCAUGAGAUCUGCAAAAACAUACCUGUUAUAAUGAUGUCCAAACAUGAUUCUGUUAGCAUGGUUUACAAAUGCAUGUUAAGAGGUGCUGCAGACUUUCUUGUCAAGCCUGUGCGGAAGAAUGAGCUGAGGAACUUGUGGCAGCAUGUUUGGAGGAGACAAGCUUCAGCUAGUGGCGGACAUGGCCCCCAAGAUGGGAGUGUUGCACAACAAAAGGUUGAAGCCACAGCUGAAAACAAUGCUGCUAGCAACCAUUCAAGUGGUUCCAUGGCCUGUAUUCAAAGAAACAGGGAAUGUAUUGAGAAAGGCACUGAUGCUCAGAGUUCUUGUACAAAACCUGAUUUGGAAGCAGACAAGGGAUGUACAGAAAAUGUGCAGGACCUCUCCCAACCCGAAGCUUCAGUAAGUGACAAGAAAAUGCAGAAGCAUGAAGAAUGUGUUGUGUCGAGUAGGAACCUGCUGAUGUAUGACUGUGAAGAUAGCGAAUUGAUGGUGGCUACCUGCAAAGACACUGAGACAAUGGCUCAGUUAGUGGAUGUGGCAACUGAAAGUGAGAGGCAGCAUGCUAACAUCAUCAGUGAAGCUUGUGAUAAGAAACCUGAGAACCCUGCUAGGGAAGCUAUUGAUCUAAUAGGAGCAUUUGAUAAUUACCCAAAAUGCAUUUAUAUAGCCUGUGAUUCACAUAAUGGUACAAAGAAAGUUGGUUCUUCAUCACUAUUGGAUCUUUCCUUGAGAAGAUCUCAUCCAAGCAGCUCUAUAAAUCAAGUCAGCGAUGAAAGGCCUACAUUGAAUCACUCUGAUGCAUCUGCCUUUUCCCGGUACAUUAAGAAGGCUUUGCAACCCCUGCAUUCUUCUGCAAACAAUGAACAGAAAGAUCAUGGGACUAAUUCUGGCAAACAAUUGUCCAAUCACACUCUUAAUUGUAAUUCUGAUACACAUUGUUUGCCUCCAAACUCAGACAAACAUAUGCUCUCUCUGGCCUCUGGUCAUUCUGGACAAGCUAAUGUUGCUUUUCCUUGCCCACAACAGACUGUGCUCCCCAUCCCAAUUCCAACAGGAGGUAUCGGCAGUCUAAGCACUGCCUAUGAUUCUCCACCAAUAUUUUGUACACCAUCAGAUGCAUCACCUAUGCAGAGUCCUGGUUCAGUUCGCCCUCAGGAACCAUACUUUCCAUCCAAUCUAGAAACCAGAAAUUCUGACCAAUUUCAAAACUCGAUUGAUCAGCACACCAACAAUUACACAAACCAAACUGAGCACAAACAGAGGCACAAGUUGGAAUCCUCAGAGGACAAACCACAUUUUUCUUCAGCCAAUGAUCAGAGUGCUACUAGCAGUUUCUGUAAUGUUACUGCGAGUCAUUUUAAUACCAUUGGUUGUGGAGGCAAUGGCAAUUUUGAUCAGGUUCCACUUGUUAGGGCUGCUGCAGAGGCUGGGAAUGAAGAAGGUUUCUCUAUUAUUGAUAGAAACUGCCAUCGAUCUGUCCAGAGAGAAGCAGCUCUAACCAAAUUCCGCUUGAAGCGGAAGGACAGAUGCUAUGAGAAGAAGGUGCGGUAUGAAAGCAGGAAAAAACUGGCGGAGCAGCGUCCUCGAAUGAAAGGCCAGUUCGUUCGUCAAAUGCAUGCCGAGGCAGUUGCUGUAGAAAAUGAGAGCCUGUGUGGCAAUCAGUAGAUGGUCAGAUUCAUUUAAAAUUAGUCAUUGAAAACUUUGAUUGUUACAUGGCAUUCGUCUCGAACUGACCGUGUUCUUGACGCUGGGUGUCGACGAGGGUAUAAACGUUGAGCAAAAUUUGCAGAUGCUAACAUCACGGUGGUGAUCUUUCUGAGUUUCUUCACAUGUUUGCUUAAUCAUGUAUUUCUUGUAGAAUAGUACUGUAAUUAUUGAUAGCAAUCUCUCUCUCUAUAUGAAGGGGUCCUUUCUGUUAAUAUGAAAGCUGUAGCUGUAUUCCCCGUGUUUCCCGGGAAACCUUGAGCAAUGCUUUUGAUUAGAUAGUUCUUGUUUGGGUCAUUGCCAGCUGUUAACGGGCUCUGAUCUUUAAA